UACCCACUGUGCUCCUUCUGUUCCCCUUCUCCAGAGAGCUCACCAUGGUCAAUGAGACCCAGCAUACCUGCAGUGCCAGUUCCAGCUCUAAAUCUGAUGGUGGCAGCAGUAGUGGGAGUGAGAGCUCCAAGGACAGCUCACGUUGUUCCACCCCUGUCCUUGAUGCUGACCGUCAUGAGCGACUGCGGGAAAAGAUGCGCCGACGGCAGGACUCUGGAGACAAGUGGUUCUCCUUGGAGUUCUUCCCUCCACGCACAGCCAAUGCUGCUGUCAAUCUCAUCUCCAGGUUUGACCGCAUGGGAGCAGGUGGUCCACUCUUCAUUGAUGUGACGUGGCACCCUGCAGGGGACCCAGGAUCUGACAAGGAAACCUCUUCCAUGAUUAUUGCCAACACAGCAGUCAACUACUGUGGCCUGGAGACCAUCCUGCACAUGACAUGCUGCAAUCAGACCAAGGAUGACAUCACAGGGCAUCUGCAGAAGGCCAAGCGGCUUGGGUUGAAGAACAUCAUGGCCCUGCGUGGAGAUCCUGCUGGUGAGGAGUGGGAGGAAGAAGUACAUGGCUUCAACUAUGCUGUUGACCUGGUUAAGCACAUUCGCAAUGAAUUUGAUGAUUACUUUGACAUCUGUGUGGCAGGCUACCCCAAGGGUCAUCCUGAAGCAGAGAGCUAUGAGGCAGACCUGAGGCACCUGAAGGAGAAAGUCUUUGCUGGGGCAGACUUCAUCAUUACGCAGCUUUUCUUCCGGUCAGAAACCUUUCUCAAGUUCAUGAAGGACUGUCAAGCCAUUGGCAUCACCUGCCCCAUUAUUCCUGGCAUCUUCCCCAUACAGGGCUACCACUCCCUGCGCCAGCUGGUGAAGCUCUCCAAGCUGGAAGUGCCUCAAGAAAUCAAAGAUGUGAUUGAACCCAUCAAGGACAAUGACGCAGCUAUCCGGAACUAUGGGGUGGAGCUGGCAGUGUCCAUGUGCCGGGAGCUGUUGGAUAGUGGGAUGGUGCAUGGGCUCCAUUUUUACACCCUUAAUCGGGAAGUGGCUACUACCGAAGUCCUUAAGCGCCUGGGCAUAUGGAAGGAGGACCCAAGGCGGCCUCUGCCCUGGGCAGUCAGCGCUCACCCCAAGAGACGAGUUGAAGAUGUCCGGCCAAUCUUCUGGGCCUCCAGGCCAAAGAGUUACAUCUAUCGAACCCAAGAAUGGGACGAUUUCCCCAAUGGCCGAUGGGGUAACUCCUCCUCUCCAGCCUUUGGGGAACUGAAGGACUAUUACCUCUUCUACCUGAAGAGCAAGUCUCCCCGGGAAGAGCUCCUGAAGAUGUGGGGAGAAGAGCUUACUGGUGAGGAAAGCGUCUUUGAGGUAUUCACAUGUUACAUCACUGGAGAACCCAACAAGAAUGGGCACAAGGUUACGUGUAUGCCUUGGAAUGACGACCCUCUUGCUACGGAAACGAACCUUCUGAAGGAGCAGCUGGAGAAGGUUAACAGAAGAGGAAUCCUGACCAUCAACUCCCAGCCAAAUAUCAAUGGCAAACCAUCCACAGACCCCAUUGUAGGCUGGGGCCCCAGUGGGGGUUAUGUCUUCCAAAAGGCAUACCUAGAGUUCUUCACCUCCAGUGAGAUCGUCACAGCACUGCUCAAAGUGCUGAAGAAGUACGAGUUGCGAGUGAACUACCACAUUGUCAAUGUCAAGGGCCAGAAUAUCACCAAUGCUCCAGAUCUGCAACCCAAUGCUGUCACCUGGGGCAUCUUUCCAGGCAGAGAGAUCAUCCAGCCCACUGUAGUGGAUCCUGUAAGCUUCCUCUCCUGGAAGGAUGAGGCCUUUGCACUGUGGAUUGAGCAAUGGGCCAAGCUCUAUGAAGAAGAGUCACCCUCUCGCAUGAUCAUCCAGUACAUCCAUGACAACUACUACUUGGUCAACCUGGUGGACAAUGACUUCCCACUUGAAAACUGCCUCUGGCAGGUUGUAGAUGAUACUUUUGAGCUGUUGAACUCCCCAACUCAGCAGUGAAAAUUCCACUUUUAAACCCUUACUACUACUUCCUUCCGUC